AUGGAAGCCUCCACCUGGCAGUACUGUGGAUAUUUACGGGAUGACACAAGUAAGAAGAGGGGGAGAGACUGCGCUGCUUCCCAGGGAGACUCCGUGGGAACACGUGAGGACUGUACACGGCGGCAGCUCGGCCAGGAGGGCCUGGGGAACAGGCUGGAGAGGGGGGACCUCCCCCACCUCGGGAGUGACACCAGGGCCCCUGCCAGGAGGUCAGAGAUGAGCAGCAACGGGCAGAGAGGGCAGCGGGGGUUGGCAGGGGACCUGUGCCUGGAAGAGCAUCCCGUGCCCAAAGGGUGCAGGAGAGGGGAGGACGGAGAAGCCCCUCCGAAGGUGUACGAGAUGGAGGUGGGGCCCAGGCGCACGGGCAGGACGGUGAGGCCGGUGGUUUACAGGCUGGAGGAGAGCGAGUACCGGCGCCUCAUCCAGGAGGCAGAAGAAGAACCUGAGGAGGAAUGGGAAGAGACAGAGGACACGGUGCUUGAGAUUCAGGAGGACUAUGCAGGGGAUGGGAAGGUGACGAGUCCAAGCCUGAACAGGCUCAACUCUUUCCAAGGGGUCCUGAGGAGGCAGAUGAGCUGUUCGGACUCGGAGAGCAGCGUGGAGAGCAGGCAAGUGAACAAACUGAGCCUGAACUGCCCCUCGGAGAGGAACAAGCCCACAGUCCCCGUCAGGUCCGACAGCAUUGAGCUCAUGGAUUACAUCCUGCAAAGCAAACAUGAGGCAGCAACAUCUCUCUCCUACAUCCCUAGGGACAGCAAGGCAGCCGAGAGCCUCAGGCCAGCACAGAGCUUCUCCCCCCAGCCUGAGGGAACACCAGACCUGUGCCAGAAUGGCCAGGCCGGCGAGGAGGGUCCAGCCAGGAAGCAUGAGCCAGACAAGCAGGUAGCGAAGAGCCCGGAGAGAAUGGUCUCUGCGGUCACAAAUUAUCCCUCAGUGGCCAGGGACACUGGGAGGCUUUCGAGACAGAGCAGCAGCCAGCUCCCGGAGAGCUGGGAGCAGCUUGGAGGGGAAGCUGACACAGGGAUGCUCGAUUCCUACAUCCAGAAAAGAACCCCCCCGGCCCCUCCGGUCAGGACCCACAGCAAGGAGAGCCUGGCUCUGAGUAUGAGCAAGGCUGUGGCGCUGACAGAGGCACUGCUGGAGCCCUGCGGAGAUGAGGCCAAGCCUGGCAAGGAGCAGCGGGCAGCAGGCACAGAGCAGCUCCCUGGGGGCAGGACUGCGGGAGGAGGGGGCUUGGAGGAGCCGGAGCGGAAGGGGAGGAAGAGUCAGGAGGAUGAGAACGUGCUGACAGUCGCCGACGCCAAGAAAACCUUCGAAAAGCCCAAGGCGUCAGAGGGGGCAGCGGCACCACCAGCACCCAAGAAAGCACCUUUGGUCCAACUUGAUCCUAGACAGCAGGGAGAGAAACAGAAGGAGAUGGCAAAAGGAUUCCAAAGUGGUUAAAUAAUGAG